GUUUGUUUUUUGCCGUAGUAAAGAGAACCGGAGAGGUGCCGGUUGAGUGUGAAUCCGUCGCGAGAGUGGAACAGAGUGCUUUGUUUACAUACCGCCGGCAUUUCAUAAACACGUGGGGUGCACAGAGAACGAUGCUAACAUAUUAGCCAACCACUUUCGAUAGCAUCAAACUAAUUUAAUAAGGUGUUGUGACCUCUGUGGUGAUGUUCGGGGGCUACGCGGACAGGGCGGAGUUAGAGGAUGAGCUGUACGCGGAGGAGCCCGAGGGGUCAGAGGGUGACGACAGUGAACUAGAGUUCAGACUCUACAGCCAACUCCACUACUCCUCUAACCCCGGAGAGAGGGAGGAGGUGGAGGAGGAGCUGGGAGACAGGCGCCUCUCCUCCAGCCACGGAGAGAAGGAGGAGGAGGAGGAAGAUGGGAGCAAGGCCAAACGACAGCGGCCACCCCUGUCACAUGAUCAUGGUAACAGAGAUCUACGGCAAAACCUGCUGGGGGACGCAGAGCAGAAACAACAGAAAGUCAAACUGAAUACCCAACAGGGGAGGAAACGGCAGAGAGGUCUCUGCAAAGGUGACCCCAGACGUCAAAGGUUGUCCCAGGAGGUCAUAGUCAUCGACUCGAGUCAAGACGACGUCAUCACUGUGUCGGACAACACCGAGGAAGAUGACGGGGUGUGUAGCUUGAAAGGUCAGAGGUUAAAGAAAGGACCCCUGCAGGCCUCGACGCCAGGACAACAGAGAAACCCCGCCCCAAAGAAGAGGAGCUCCAUUGUGGGAUCUGACUCGGUGGUGGUGUUGGACUCAGAAUCCGGAGCGAAGUCUGGAUCGGACUCUGACAGUCUGGAGAGCUGGAUGAUUCUAGGCAGCGUGAGACAAGAUGGAGACCAGGGCAUCAUACUGAACCUGGAGGGAGAAGGAGACAUUAAAGGUAGGGAGGGAGGGAGGAGACAUUAA